AUUGCAAGCAUGCACCGCCUUUCGUGCACAACAUUCAGCUCAGGCUGGGAAUUACAUGUCAUUCAUUGACUAAUACUAUUAUCUGUCACGGCGAUAAUAUCCAGAUCUUACACAAUGAUUACCGUAACAUUUAUCAGACAUGGAGAAUCGACAGACAACCUGCGUUCCGUGUGGGCAGGAUGGGCAGAUGCUCCCCUCAGCAAUCACGGUAUGAACCAAGCUAGAGCUCUUGGACAGUCUCUUUCCAGUAUUCGACUUACAGCAAUAUACGCGUCCACACUCAAACGUGCCUUUACCACGGCACAGGCUGUACAUGAUGCUCAGCCUUCCCCACAACCACCCUUGACUGCAUCUCCGCUAUUGCGAGAGCAACAUUUUGGUAUCGCGGAAGGAAACCCAUGGGCACUGCAUGCAGACGAGAACGUACCCGUUGAAGACUAUUACGCACAGGGCGUGUUUCCAGUUCUCUACGAGCGCCAUGAAAAGUUUCCCGGUGGUGAGAGUCUGGACGACGUUGGCAAAAGAGCAGACCAGGCAAUCGAGGAGUUUGUCAUACCACAUAUCCGGCUCGCCGCUAGAACAGGAACUCAGGGCGUCCAUAUCGCUCUAGUCAGCCAUGGUUUAUGUAUCGGUGAACUCGUUGCGGCAGUUAUUCGAAAGGAUACUAGUGGAGAUCAUACUCGUGAUUAUAGAGGACUGUUGAACACGGCUUGGACGCGUGUUACUAUCGGAGUUAAGGGAUUAAAAGAAGGUGAUGUGCUGGACUUUGCUGAUGAAGAUGCCAUUCCGCUUGUUGUGAAAGUAACUGAGUUUAACCGUCAUGAACAUAUCGACAAUAUUAAACGACAGAAGGGCGGCAUCGGUAGCGCAGCGUUCGACCCGAAACAACAGGAUAUUAGAGCAUUCUUUGGCGGUGGUGGCGUGCACAAACCUGUAGAAGCCUUAGAACACAGCGAGAGCAAUGCAGCAGACGAAGUCGGGCUAGAUCAAAAUUGCAUAGCAGGGUCCAGUAGCACGAACAUAUUGAAGCUUUAGCUACGAGAGAAGUGUGUGCUCUUUCUUGUGAAUAGAGCUGGGCAUCGCUGUGACACCUGAACUUCGUUGAUUACGGUACAUCACUAGGCACCUCAGAAAUACUUCUAUUCCUUCAGCUUAGCUUUUCAAUUCAGCAGAGAGAACUGACCUGUAUAUAUGACGUCGCAAACGCAGUCAAAUCCGCAUAUUCCAGACGUUCACCGGUACGGUAGUAAUCUCUU